AUGUCCAGUGUCUCGAACUCUCCAUCUUCCUCUGUUCACCGAACAGACCCUGACUAUGUCCCUGAUUCUGCUACGUCAUCCACUUCGUGUAUUACUACAAAGGGUGUGCCCACGGGUGAUGGUCCCUUUUCCCAACAGAUGUUACCUACGUCUAGAGAAAAGACCGUCCAUAUUAUUGAACAGACGCUCCCUGAAACGCCUCUGGGCUCCCCCGUUGUUAGCUCACCCAGCACCAGUGCUUUUGUAACCCCGGCUAUACCUAGUGCACCACCUUUGCUAACCCAAGAGAAUGCGCGUGCUAUGAUCCGUGAUGCCGUUCGCGAAGAACAGGCAUUAAUCGCCCCUCCGGCACCAGUCCCUGUCACUGGUAUACAACACGGCGUUCCUAGUACCCCGAUCGGUCCUCUUCCUGUUUCCCCAGUAUAUUCUGGGGCUCUUAAUAGUGUUGUCCAUUCCUCACCUUUCGUGCAGAUGCCUGGAUCCUCUCCGUACGUGCCACCCAUUCCCCCAAACUUUCCUUUAUUGGAGUCAGCUAUCCCUCAGUCGGUUCCUACGCAGCCGCUAAUAGGUGGGCCACAGGGUCUGGUCGUGGCUCCGUUCCAUAACUAUGGUACCCAUUUUUAUCCUCCUUCGUUGGCGCAUGUGCCUCAGGCUUACACUACACCAGUAGGUGUGUCUCCUUCACCGCCUGUCCAUUCCUCUCAGUCGAUGAACAACUCUCAUGCUUCUGCUGCAUCUUCCUCUGAUGCUACAAAUGCCGAGCAUUCCUCGGCCGGUCUUCAUGCUGAGUCUUUACCCAGCUCUUCUCCCCCUGGAUCUGCUCCUCUCAACGGUUCACAAUCCCCGUGUCUAUCUGAGCUGACAUAUUCCUCUCCAUCGUUAAACCGGUUUCCUCUGUCUGAAACGCCGACUCCGUCUGCAUUACCUUCCGUCACAUCUGCCUCUUCGUCUAGUGCCGUACAGAGCUUUCCUUCUGUCGCAUCGAAAGCCUCCACUGGUCCACUCACAUCGUCGUCGGCCCAUAGUGAUGUUGAAUUGGUCGGUAAACGGGUCUACAAUGAUGUUUCCCCGUUACAUGGCGUCUACCCUACCCAAUCGAACACCGCACGAUUGCAACGUCGUGUUCAGGUAUCUCCUUCCUUUAAACGAACUCAUGUAACUCCUCUGGAUCAUGAUCCCAGCAGCGCUACCAGUCCGUCUGAGUUACCUAAUGUCACUCAGCGUGAAGAACCUGCGGAGACUGAAUUUGCUGAUGCUAGCGACUUCCUUUUUGAGAAUGGCGACUCUGAUUCCACUGGAUUCAUGUCCUUGAAGGGCGCUAAAUACUCUGCUCCUGAUGAAUCUAAUAUGUUUGCUGUUGGAGAUUCGACCAUACCCGCAUAUAGUAUUGACGGGACAGUUGUCCCAUAUGGCGAUACUACAGACCAUUACUGUUAUAUGCUCACUGGCGGUAAUGCCGCUACUCGGGAAAACCCGCUUACGACUGCUCUAAGUGCACAGGCGCGUUUGAAUGAAUUUCCCAGAACCUACAAAGAGGCUAUGGGAAGUACGGACCACGAACUGUGGUCUGCAGCCUGUAAAAGAGAAAUGGACUCUCUUGUCCGGACAAAGCCGUUUGAAGAAAUACGUUUACCUCCUGGCAGAAAAGCGAUUCCGGCCAGAUGGGUUCUCAGUAUCAAAGACUCAGGACUGUACAAAGCUCGAGUUGUGGUGCAAGGCUUCCGUCAAACUGAAGGGCUUGAUUACGAUGAGACAUUUGCUCCAGUAAUCCGUUAUGAAUCGGUUCGGCUCUUCCUGGCGAUUUUCGCCUGUCAAGGGGUGAAGGUACAUCAAAUGGAUGUGGUAACAGCGUUUCUCAAUUCGCCGAUCGAUAAGGAAUUAUUUGUUAAGCCUCCAGUUAGUUACAAGAGUACUGGUGACUCAGUGUGGAAACUUCGGAGUGCCUUAUACGGCCUAAAGCAAUCGCCGUUGCUAUGGAACGAACACAUUAAAGGGAAACUGCUAACACAAGGAUUUACUCAACAUCCUUCUGAAUUUGGUCUAUAUUUUAGAAGAAGAGCCGGUAAGUUAUGUCUUAUCGCAUUAUAUGUUGAUGACUUGUUGAUUUCAAGCCAGUCUGACGCAGAAAUCGCUGCUAUAAAAAGGUUUCUGCUUAGUACUUAUGAGAUGAAAGACUUGGGGGAGGUAAACAAGUUUUUGGGCAUGAGUGUUGCUCAGACAAAAGGAAAAAUCACACUGAGCCUGUGCGAUUAUAUUACGAAGAAAGUCACUGAAUUAGGGUUGACAAAUUUUCAUCCCACACACACGCCACUCCAAAAACAUGUAGACUAUUAUGGUGAGUCGCCGUGCUCCAUGACCGCCUAUCAAAGUCUAAUUGGUACUCUGCUGUUUGUUGCUAAUUCUGGUCGACCCGAUGUUGCACACUCAGUGUCAUUUCUGUCCAGGUUCCUCAAAGAUUCAAGAGAAGUCCACUACAACGCGGCAAAAAGGAUAAUGGCUUACCUACACACCACCAAAAAUCAGGAGAUCACGUACCACAAUAACGGAAAACCAUAUCUGGAGAUCUUUACAGACGCAUCUUAUGCAGACUGUUCUAAUGGUCAAUCCACGUACGGUUACAUGGCUAAAUAUGGUGGGGGACCAGUGUCCUGGUGUUCAAAACGGAUCCCAUGCGUGGUAGUAUCCACUACAGAGGCCUUUGUUGCAGCAAAUGAAAGUGUAAAAGAGAUACUAUGGCUGGACGAAAUACUGGGAAUAUUAGGAAUUCCCAAAGAGAGACAUAUACUAUAUGUCAAUAAUGCUCCAACCAUAAAGAUGCUUAAGCACCCGGUUUUUCACUCUAGAACGAAGCAUAUACGGGUACGGUACCAUUUCAUCAGACAAAAUCUAUCUGAAAAAUUACUGAAAACAGAAUACGCCAACACGAGAAAUCAGAUAGCGGAUAUCUGUACUAAGAUGCUUGAGGGUCCCGAAUUUCAAUAUCUUAAAACAUUAAUUUUCGGCCGUGACUCAAACUCCGAAACAUGA